CAGCCGGCUGGGGCCCGAGGUGGGCUCCCCGCACGUCCUUGGGUCCCCCGCGGGGCCGUGCCGGAGCUGGGGCCGGCGGGCCCGCGCCGGCCGGCACGUCCACGCUGCCUUCCCCGCCGGCCCCUGAUCUGCCGCCCGCCAGGACCCCGGGCUUCUUGGCAAAGCUGCCCAGAGAUUCCUGCUCACACUUGUCUGUUCCUGCCCGCGUGGCGCUGGCGCCCGCGGGGCUCCAGGUGGAGGCCGAAGCCCUGACGUCGGCGGCUGCUCUGGAGGCCUCAUCCAGGGUCCCGGGAGCCGCGCGCGGCCCAGCGAUGCCCUGGGCAGCCCCGGCCCCGGCCGGCUGAGACCGCCCAGGAGGGCCCCCACCCGCCCGCGCCGAGGGCCCUGUGCCUCGGCCCCAUGCCUGGCUGCCCUGCAGAAUGUCUGUGCCCCAGAGCCACGUGGAAGAAGUGGCGGAUGGGGGCGCGGGGGUGAUGGCCGCAGCCCUGCCCCCCGACGACCACCUCCGGAGCCUGAAGGCCCUCACGGAGAAACUGAGGCUGGAGACCCGCAGGCCGUCCUACCUGGAAUGGCAGGCCAGGCUGGGGGAGCGGGCGUGGCCCCCGCAGCGUCCUCGCCGCGGGCCCCGCGGGGCGCCCGCCGUGGCCGCCCUCAGCACCGCCCCCUUGCAGGCGGAGAUGCGGCUGCAGGACCAGCAGCUGGCCCGGCAGCUCAUGCGGCUGCGCGGCGACAUCCACCAGCUGAAGGUGGAGCAGGCCUGCGACCGGCACCAGCGCAUGCUGCUUGACGCCACGUGCGAGCUGCAGGAGCGGGACGACCUGGCCGAGCUGCUGUGCGAGUCCCCGCUGGCCGCGCCCUUCAGCCUCUCCACGCCGCUCAGGCUCAUCGGCGUCACCAAGAUGAACAUCAACUCCCGCAGGUUCUCUCUCUGCUGAGCGCUGAAGCCGGCGGGCGGGCGGGGGGCAGCGGCAGACACGGGGCUCCCUGCAGCUGCUGCCUUGGGAGCCCCGGACCCUGCAGGCAGGAGCUCCCGGGGCUCGGCUGUGGAGUCUGGGGUCCCCUCCCUGGGGCUCCCUGCGAGUCUGCAGAAAGGCCGCUCCGCUCAGAGCGGGUGACCAGCUGCCAGCGAGCCGCUCCGCGGGGCGGCCGCACCCCUGCUUCCCAGCACCGCGGCGCUGUGAGCUGGCAUCCGGGGGGCCCCCCAAACUGUGAUCCUUGGGGCGGGCGUCUGGGCUGUGGGCACACUGGCCAGUGCCCAUUUCGCUGUUGCUGCCCUUCAGGGCUGUCUCCAGUUCACCUGGACAGGUGACCCAACCCCCCGGCAGGGACCCCGAACAGGAAGCCAAGCGGCAUAAUCAAAUGGCGCUUGGGGGUACAGGCCCCUCUCCUGUGCCCACCCGGCCCCCCGCCCUCAGUGCCAGGUGUGUGAGCACAGGUAACACGGUGCUGGCGUGUGCGGAGACACUUCCGUGAGUCUGGCCACACCUGCCGGCCCCAGAGAGCCCCUGGCCACCCCCCCAGCCCGGCAGGGCCCAGGACACCCCCGAGCAGCCCCCAGCUCCACUGUGGGCCUCCCAUCCUGGGUGCCCCGGCCACAGGCCGCUGGUGGGUUCCGGCUGCUUCUCCCACGUCGCCGCCUGGCCACCCAGCGAGACCGCGGCCUGGAGCCCAGCCGCCUCCCCGGGCCCGGCUCCGGCUGAGUCAGACUCGGACUGACCUGUGCUGAUUUGUACAAGCGCAAGUGCUUGAUUCUGUCCAAGUGGUGGGUCAGCGGGCAGGUGGGGCCGAGGUUUGGGGUGAGGAUGUUGACCUGAGGGCAGAGCCCGCCACGGUCGGGGUCUGCCCCGUGGGAAGCGGUGGCCGGUCCCCUCCUGGUCCAGCGGCUCACCUGUGAGGGCCCCUGGGGCCUCCCCAGGGAGCACGGAGCCAGGGUGCAGCGAGUUGGGCCCUGGUCACGGCCCGGGAGGUUGGUCAAGGGUCAGUGGGCGGAACCCCACGGGUCCUGACCUUCCCCAGAGCCCUUCCCUGGCCCCUGCGCAGCUCCCACCACGGCUCAGAACCUGAGGCCAAAGUCAGAGCUGCACCUCGGGACCCCUCACCGUUCAGCACCCCGCACCAGUGGGGGUCCUGCCCAUCGCUUUCCCGAGUCCCUUCCUGUGGGGUCGCCCGCCACGUGCAGGACACCACAGCCCGAGGGGAGGCAGGUCGUCUCUGGCCGGGCGGGACCACGCGGCCGGGCCCGCCCGAGCGCCAGAACCUGGUCUCACCCGCCGCCCCCUGCCGCUCGCCCUCGGGCCUGCGGUCAGGGGGCCCCGCCUGGCCCCCACCUCACCCUCACUCUGGAGACACCGACCCGCACUGGAAAGCCGCUCUGCGCUCUGAAAAUCACGCCACAUCGAUGCCUUUCUAGACUGUCCUGACGGUAACUGAAAAAGUAGGAGAAUUUGGUGGAUUCCCCUGAGUCAGCAGCAGGUGGCGAUGGGGUCGGCCCGGCGCCCCACCUUUCUCUGUUCUCGGAGGACCCUGAGGCCCAGAGGCAGACCCCACCUGCCAAGAGCAUUUUAUUCGGGGGAGAAGGAAGGAGGACGGUCUUGUCUGCCGGGCCGUGGGUCGGCACCCCGUUUCCAGUCAGCUCGGCGGGGGCGGGUCUGUGGGUCCCCCCGCCGCCGGCCGCCUCCGCCCCAAGGUCUUCCGGGCACGUCCCCUCUCCGUCCCCGGGGCCCGGGUGUGGACUGGCCUCCGCCGGGCUCGAAGGUCUGGCCUCCUCGGCCUGCCAGGAGGGCCGGGGGUGCUGGGAUGGCCCCCCACAGCAAUACAAGUGCUAUUAUUACAUGACUGGCAAUUUUGACUUUGCUUUUUACGGUCGUCCGUUUCUACAUUGCUGUUCGAAAAUUAAAAUAUUUCAA